CUUGAGGAGCUUUGGAGUAAAGGACGGACUGAAGCUUCUUAUGUUUAACAGCUGAUUGGCUGCUGCUUCCGUCCCUCUUUCUGAACUUCAGCACAGAGGAAUCCCUUAAAGAAUACAAGACUUGUCAAAAUGAACUUGUCGUACUUGGUAGCUUGUGGACUUAUGGUCACCCUGCUUUCAGUAAGGAUGGGGGCAAAACCUUUAUCUCAGGCGCAGCAAAAGUCUCUUAGAAGUUUGCUGGGCGAGGAGCUGGCGGAGUUUCUGGAGUCGGAGGAGAGUGAGAGACGGCUAGACGCUGUGCGCUCUCGGAUACGGUUACUGCGCGAUUUACGCAUGGACACCCGGGCCAGAGGGAUGUGGGCUCGUCUCCUUAACGACCAACCCGCACCAAGGAGACACAAAUCCGGAAACAAGAAAGGGGGUUCCACGUCGCGGAGUGGCUGCUUCGGACAUAAGAUGGACAGGAUAGGAACCAUCAGCGGCAUGGGUUGUUAGGGUUGGAGCAGUGCUGUGAUGAUCUCUGGACGAUGGGUUUGGAUAACAAAGGUUCAGUUUGUUCUCACCUGAGGGAAAAGAAAACUCACCAAGUGACAGAUUUUCGGUACGAAAGUCACCACGACCAGCAUAAACAAAGACUGAGAUGACAAUGCUACAAAACCUUCAUAUAAAUAUAUAUAUAUAUAUAUAUACAUAUAUAUAUAAUAAAUAUGCAGGUAUAUAUACGUAUAUAGAUAUCUGUAUACCAUACAAAUGGUCAGCAGAUACAAACACAGAUGCAUACUACAAGAUAGCGGACAAUGGUGUAAAAACUACAAACCGCAAAGCUGUAUAUUGUGCUGCUGCUGCUGUACAUUCAUGUACUUCAUCUUCCCCUGCAUAAAUGUAUUUAUGUUUAAAAAACUAUUUAUAUGUUUAUAAAAAGAGAUAUUUAUAAAUAUGAGUUUUAUUUAUGUAACAUUUUGAAAAUGGAUGCAAAC